UUUAGAUAAACUGCAGAUAACAUUAGAUUAGGAGCACUCACUCUGUUUUUGAGCGUAACGAAAAUGGAGGCUUUGGUAUGCAGGAAGCUAGGUGAUCCAACACUCCCACCAGAUUCUUCUGAACACGCCCCUUUCACUUUCUCUAAAUCUCACCCUAUCCCCAUACUCAACUCCUCAACUUCAGUCAGAGUUCGAAUCAAGUCCACCUGUUUAAUGUUUGCAACUGGCCUCCAAACACAAGGCAAAUAUCAAGAAAAAUACGCUCCCCCUUUCAUCCCUGGGUCCGAUUACUCCGGCGUCGUUGAAUCCGUUGGCCCCAACGUCACCAAGUUCGAAAUCGGGGAUCGUGUUUGUUCCUUUGCUUAUGUAGGCUCUUUCGCACAAUAUAUUGUGGCAGAAGAGACUGAAUUGUAUGGAGUUCCUGAUGGGUGUGAUCUGGUGGCUGCUGCUGCAAUUCCGGUUGCCUAUGGAACGUCUCAUUUCGCAUUGAUUAGUAGAGCCAAAUUAAAAUCUGGUCAGGUGUUGCUAGUUCUUGGUGCAGCUGGAGGUGUGGGUGUUGCAGCUAUUCAAAUUGGGAAGAUUUGUGGUGCCACUGUCAUUGCUGUAGCUAGAGGAGCUGAGAAAGUGGAAUUUUUAAAGUCGGAGGGUGUGGAUCAUAUUGUUGAUAUCAGCAAAGAAGGUGUUAUUGAAAGUGUGAAGGCGUUUUUGAAAACAAGAAAGCUCAAAGGGGUUGAUGUUUUAUAUGAUCCGGUUGGAGGCAAGCUUGCAAAAGAAAGCUUGAAGGUGUUGAGUUGGGGAGCACAGAUUUUGGUUAUCGGGUUCACGAGUGGGGAGGUCCCAGUUAUUCCUGUUAAUAUUGCUCUUGUUAAGAAUUGGACGGUUCAUGGAAUCUAUUGGGGGAGAUAUGAUGCAAAUAGACGAGGUGUACUUGAAGACUCCUCGAAAGAUUUGCUAUCUUGGUUUGCAAAAGGCUUAAUCAACAUUCACAUUUCUCGUACAUACAAACCCCAAGAGGUUCACCUUGCAUUUGCAGAUAUCACAGACCGAAAAGUAAUUGGGAAGGUGAUGAUUACGUUUGACGAUGCAAAAGCCAUAACUUCUUCUAAGCUCUAGACCAGUGGAGUAAUAUGUAUCAGUUACAGAAGUGUGAAGGCGGUAUACCUAAGUGCUAAACACACACACACAGAGAUACCACAGAAGUGUGACAAAACUAUGAUAUCCACAGAUCUAUUGCUUACGGAAAUGAGUUAACAAUAUUCUGUGUUCAUGGUUUUAGAUGUGUGUACCAAGAGGUGAGAAUUUAACAACACAGUUAUAAGUGCAUAUAAACAUGUCUCCACACCAUGGUUCACCAGGUUACCUGAUUCGGAUUUGCACAAAUGUAGACCGAUGACCGGACUGGUGUACCUGAUUCAGUUUUAGUCA